AGACAGGGUAAGAACAGGACAACUGGAGCAAAGAACUAAAUAGAGGGACAAAUCUAAUCUGCCUGCCUACAAGAAUAUCCCCAUCCACUUUACCAAAAGGCUUUUCUUGUAAGACAGCUGGUAACAGGACUUCUCACAGAGUCAGAGGACAAACCUGCCCUUGCAAGUGACUCACCAUGGACAUCAAACCUCCUGACAACAGCAAGUGAGAGAGAUGUCUGCAGAGCUCCUAGAGGAAGCCCUCCAAGCUGGGCACUCUUCCUACUUUCAUAUUCUCAAUUGCCUAAUUUACUGUGAGGCCUGAAUGCUAUGUUAUACUAAUUUUACGUAACAUAAUAUUUCUUAAUCCGUGAGCAUUUGUGGAGAGAGCUGUAUCUAACUAGCACAGAUCUUUCUAAAGUUAGAGAAUGCUUCACUAACAUAUUUGGACUGAAUUUUUGACUUACAACCUUAAUUACAGAUGCCAAAAGUUCUACAUUUAAAGGACUUUUAUAUCAGAAAUUGCCAGCUGACUCUCAAGAAAUUCCUAGAAAUUCUGCUGGAGAUGGAAUAUGAUGGAGCUAAUCUUGUUGAGGCCCCAAGUAAAACUGGCCAAGGUUUGCAGUAAGUCAGUCUGGGAAAGGAGGAUGUCUGCAUAAAAAAAAUCCUUGCUUCACAUGAGUAGUUAUGGUGGUGGUUUUGUGUUUGUUUUCUUGGCAAAUGUGGAAUUAAUACUCUGGUUCUGAAGUAGAUUGUUAAACCAUCUAUCAGGAUCUAUCCUUCUUCCAGGAAAGAGGAGAGGAACAGAAAUCAGGCACAUUUCUCAGUGAAUAUAUUGAAAAUUGAAAAAAAUAAAAGUAAUUUUACCUAUUUCUUGUCCAGAUUUUUGCAGACAUAAGUUAUGUAACUAGCCAAGACCAUAAGACAAUCAUGAAACAAUGCAGGAUCUAUCUGUGUGGUAGAACAAAAUGCAUGUUCACUGUAUGUGUGAGCACUUACAUACUACAGAAUCCUGGGUCCUUAAUAUAUUAUCAUAAAUUAUCAUAUGAAAUUCAGUGAAAUGAAAUUGAGUGAAUGAAAUUAUUAUAAUAUAAUUAUCAUAUGAAAUUGAGUAGUUCAUGAUUUUGAGAUUAGAAUGGGAUUGUAAAAAGAUCGGUUGAUUAAAGUAGCAAUCACAGUAGGAAUACAGAGGCCAACACAUCAUGCAGUAGGAAAGGACACAAAAGUCAUUUUUUCAUGGCUGAGUAUUAAUGGUGAUUUAUUCACAUCGAGGCUCGAUGAUUUCAAGAGUUAAAAAUUCAACCAAGUCAUCUGAAAAUGUCUCAGUGCAUUGUGAAAGAAAUAGAACUGCCCACCUGGAUCCAGACGAGAAGCUGCAAGAGUCUGAAGCACAGUGCCACCACCUUCUGACCUUUCAGCUUCCUAUGUGCUACUUCUGGAUCCUCUAACAACACUCUGUCUUUGUUCACUUUCAGAGCCCACUUUUUUCCCUUACAAUUUGGAUUGUUGAAUCUCUCUAUACUCAAGAAGAUAAAGCUGAGGUUUGGAUCCAUUUGACCAUACUAAUAGUGAAUUUUAUUCUGUUUCUGUGAAACUCAAAGGUGAGGGAACAUUUAAGUCAUUUGCUCCAUCUCAGCCCAAACAUAAAAGUAUUCUCAUGUUAGCUACGCCUAUGAAUGAAAUGCAUCAGGCACUGAUGCUGCAGCCUUUGAAUUACUUUAGCAGAAGUUCAUCAUUUGUAUGUGGUUUGAAUAGAUGGAAUCAUGGGAGCACCAGAAAGGGCAUCAAUCUGCCAUAGCAGAUUUGUAAUCAUAUAAGCCAUGCAGGAUACAGUCUAACUAGACACUGAUAACAGAAAAGUGGCAGAAAAUGCCUGUGAGAAGGGAAAACUGUAAGAGCAGAGGGUAAUGAUACCAUGAAAAUGGUGACAAAGAAACACUGGAGGUCUUUUUGGAUUAUGAAUGAAUGCUUUGUUUGCUGUCCUCAACAUCCUCACUCACAAGUAAAUUUUCCCCCAAGCUCUUCAUCCCAUGAUCCCCUUCCUGUAUUACAUGGAGGGUUCCAACUGCACAUAUGAACUUUUACCUCAGCUCCAAAACAGCUGCAGCAGAGUUCAGUGCCAUGGCUGAUUUCCCUGUGCCAUAUUACAGCUCCUCAUUCAUGAGCUUGGGAUCUGAAAAUGCACAGGAAUGGGGAAGUGGAGAAAUAGAGAAUGUGGCUUCAACAAGGGAGAGAGCUGCUGUGGCAGUGAUAAAGGCAGUGGAAGGGGAGUGGAGGGAGCUCGGUUGUUCUGAGUCUCUGUGGAAAAGAUCCUACAGGAAUUGUGGUUGUCAGAUGAAGCAAAAUUAGCACCUGGCUCUGAAAUGCAAGGUACAUGUCUCUCCAGCCAGCACUGAAACCUCUGUAGUCCAGUAAGCGUAUCUGGAAGCCAAAAUAGCAUCAUAGAGUUCUGCUUUGAAAUAUCCAUUUCAGUUUUUAUUGCAGCAGUUCUCACACAUGAAAGGCAGCCUGCUGCUUCUGCAAUUAGCACCAAUGCAACUAUUAGGGACCUAGAGUUCCUCUGUCAAUUGUGGAGUUUGCUCAUACACACAGACCUACACAUGAAAACCCACCAGAAAGCAUGCUGCCCCUUCCCAACACGUCUACCAACAAUUUAAAGCUUUUUUUCUCUUUUUUAAAAAUCAGAUAAUUACCAAGAAGAAUGUCUAAACUACUAAAAUGUCGAUAACCCAAACCACAUUUUUGUACAGUUAACUGUUUAGCUUUUGAAUUCAUAAGACUAACACAGAUCUUGAUUUGACGUGCUUAACAUCAACAAAGGAACUUCCAAUGAAGAACAGGCAGGGUCCAAGGAAACCAACAUUAACUGCUCCAGAAGAAGGAACUAACAACAUUUAAAAUAAACAAUUCCAAAGUAGCCAGCUUAGAAAGAAACUUCCCUCACAGCCUCAGAGUACUCAGGACUUCCUUGAUUUAUGACAGUUUAUUUCUCUUGCAGAGAUGCAUUUCAGAGAAUUUGUCUGGAAUGCUCAGGGAAACUCAUGAGAAGAGAGGCGCAGCUCUUACUCAGUAUUCGUACACUGUUAAGAUUAAUUAGCUUCACUUUCCCCAAACACUGCUUUCAUCUUAGCUAGCAGACGUGCACAUCCUCGUGACUAAUACUCACUGGAAUCCUUUUCAGAAGACAAAAAUACAAAUUUCUAGCAUCCAUCCCAGCUGGGUGGGAACUGAACUUUACAUUAUCUGCAGAACAGUGUGAAUUCCAGCCCAGACAGAAGGGCUGGUUCUGUACUCACUGGCUACCCCUUGUCUGGGCACAGACACGAUGCCUGUCACGGCUUGAAAACCAGCUGAGGACAUCUCAAACUACACCUUGUUCUUGGAAUAAUAACUUAUGUAUGCUGCCAUGGAGAAACAAAUAUACACAUCAUUCUUCAAUGAUCCAUAGCUUCGUCAUUAAUAUCAGAAUAAAGUGAGUCAUCUUUACAGCCACUUGCCUACAGGUGAAUGCCUAAAAGAGUGACAGGGUAAGCUGUACUCAGCAGGCUCACUCUUUUACCUCUGAACUUUUAAAGUGAUAAUAUGGACAGCAUGAAAACAGAGAUGCAUAAGGAAGUGUCUAGUCACAGCAGUCAGAUUUUUUGGGCAUGUCCUAUUUAGAUAUGUCAAGGUCUGACCUUAAUGCCUAGUUAAAGUGGGUGAUGGAGAUUCACAGUUCUCUCAGCGCUGCAGGUUUCAGAAUGUCUGAAAGCAGACUCAGAAGCAAUGUGGCGUCUAAUUUACUUGCAAAAUCAAAGAAUUCCGAUUUCAAGGGUUUCAUUUAAAUGAAAAUUCAGAUUCUGAAGAAGAAAACAAAACCCACUAAAACAGGAAGGACGGUAUUGUGGUUAAGUUUCUAGUACGGGGCUCUGAAGACCUGAAUUAUGUUCCAUUCCUGGCCCUUCUGCAGACUGUCUCACUCUCUGACUUUAAGCAAAUCACUGAACCUCUUGGUGCUUCAGUUCCCCUUUUCUAUAAAUCAUGUUGCUGGUUUUGGCAGUUUAGACAAUGUGGACAAUCUGCUUCAUGUAAGAGAUACCAUUUCCAGUAGAAGCACAAGGGAGGAACUGAGGCUCUAACCCCAAAUUGCUAAUAGCAAUAUAUGCAACCCUAUUCACUUGAAUCACUCUUGCCAGAAAACAGCAAUCUAUUUGGCCUGGAAAAAAACUUAAAUUGCUCAUAAAAAUAACAUAAAAAAUAUAUAUAUAUUCAUAUCUUCAUAAAAAUAACAAAAUUAGCUGUUUAGACAUUCAUGUAUUAAUUCCCACACUGAUCACUUGUUUGAUAUACCAAACUCUAAACACAACACUAUUCCAGAGACAUGCUGGCCUGCCAAUUAAUUCAGUUGCACCUAAGAAUUACUGCCAGCUUCUAAAAAAAUUAGGAAUGAAGCUGAAAUGGGGAGUGCCUGCUGAUUUUCUAAUUGUUUCAAGUUCUUUUAGCACUUCAUAAAGAAACCUCUGCCUACAUUACACUGCUGCUAGCAUGGCUAAGGGCAUGUUUUCUGAGAAGAAAAAAAACAAAGAAAGUAAAAAAAAAAACAAAAAAGGGGGAAACAUCAUCUGCAUAAUGUUGCCAACAGACACAGAGCCCUCCCACCUUUAAGCCCACCUUCAGACCCAUACUUUUCCCUCCCUGCCUCCUGACAGACCUCUCCCUGCACCCCAUGCACUUCCAGCUAGAGAGAGCAGGCCUUGCUCCUGCUGCAGAAACAUCUAGGGUUUCCUCUGAAUUUUGUUUCAUUUUCCAAGCCAAUGUUUAUGAAAUAGGAGUCAGGGCUCUUAUUUUAAACAAAAGUUGAGUUUGUUCUUUAUCUAAAUCUUAGGAGCUUUACUGAUGAGACCCUUCAGAUCACAAGUGUUACAUUCCUGACCUAAGAAAGAACACAAUCCUUUUCUUUCACCCUAGACUUUGCCUUUUUUUUUUUUUUCUCCUGAGACCAUCAACAUGGAAGAAAGGUACCCUGUAAUAAGGAGAAAGACAAAAAGGAGGUCUGAAGUGUUACACAAGGAAGGUUCUACUUACCAAUGCCUAAUUCACCUUGCCAUAUGCAGUGAGUGCUCAUUAAGCUGAGUGUCAGCAGAGAUUGCAGUCAUUUAACUUUGCAGCAGUGCUUCAAACUUAAGUAAUUUCUGGAGGUCUCAUUUCCACGAGGGCUCUGCACAGCAGCUCUGCAUCGGCUCCAGAUUUAUGCACUGCCCCCUACUGGGUAAAGGAACCUCGUCUUAGCCAAGAGUAACAUAACUUCAUCCAAACCCACUGGAAUGGACCUCUUUCCAAGGCCCAGAUGGUGGGGCUUUUAAGGGAUAGAGGGGGUAAGAAAGAAAAUAGAAGGAUGAGGAUAGAGGCUUGCAAAAGGAAAUGUGAGUAGAAAACAAUCAAGAUAUCCUAAUAAAGCUGAACUUGUGGGACCAUCAAGUCUGAAGUCCCAACUCCUUCUAUCCCAAAGUCCUCAUUCAGGGUUCUUCGUAUGUUAUGACUGAGACAUGCUUCUCCUGAGCAAGCCAUUCUAGGAUACAUUAUGGAGCAUCCCAGCCGGCAGUUCACAUACAAAUGACACCAAACUCCUUGGGCAACAGCCUGAUGUGCUUGCCCUUCAUUGCCUGUGCUGGUAGGGUGGCUGGGAGCAAACCUACCCAGUGGAGUCCUGUUAACCUCUGAAGCUUUGCAGCUAGAUAUUAUUACCACAUUCUUGUUGAAUGAGGAAGACUUUUUGGACAGACGCUUUGUCAGCUACUCAGACCAUGGCAGCCAGACUGCACGUGCAUCCGGAGGAGAUGUCUUCCCCUUGUGAUCUUACAAAGUCAAAAAUUACAUGAAAGUGAAACAACUUUCCUGGCACACCUGCGGCAACCAGCAGCCAACCUCCAUCCCACCUGAGAAACACUGGGCUGCGGUAUGGCCUGAGGGCCUCAGCGAUGGCAGCAGGAAGGCAGCUCGGGUGCUCCAGGGCCUGGCUGGGAUUUAAAAGAUCUGAGCUGUGGUUUUGGCUCUGAUUUACCCUACUGUGACACACAGUCAAGCACUUCCAAUCUCUGCUCUUUGGAGGGGAGGCAGAGAACCUGGCCUAUGCAGGUGUUAAGCUGUUAAGGUUGGUUGCGCUGUGUUCAAACAGUGUCUUGAACAAAGCAGCCUUUGAAUCUGCUCACUGGCUGGAGUGCACUACAGCAAAGCAAAGAGCAAAACAUUUCUCGCUAUUGCAUGUUUGAAUUCUAAAUAAGUUUCAGUUCCACCAUUCCUGAAUGCUUUUGUUUUACAGAGAAAAGCAGCCCCCACGCACUCAUAGUGAACCUCAGCUCAAGUUCAGUUGCUCAGAAAUGGUUUGAAAGAGAAUUGUGAACACAAAGGGAAUCUCUGUGCCCGUUCUUAAAAUGUAUGAUGAGCUCUGCUUCUCCAAAUUCAUGACAACCGUGCUCUCACAUGACAGAACAGGAGCAGUAAAUUUCAGUGACUAAAGCAUCACCAGAAAUUUCCAGGCUCUCCUACUGUAUGCCAGCAGGGCACUCUAUCACCAUGAGGUUAACUCAGUUUGCGACCACACUGGGUUUUGAAAAGAAUACUGAGUCCCAAAGCAUGAAAUGCAUCCCCUCGAAGGGCAACUAAUGAGCUCCUUUUGGGCCUUACUCCUUGAUCUUCUGACAGAAAUAUUUCCUUUUCAUUGUCACAAAGCAUCAUAAUGACUGCAAGGGGAAAUUGUCCUCCCUCUGCUCCUGAUGUGAAGCAGUGCGACUGCAGCACGCAUCUGUCACACUGUGCAGCCCCGUGCUUGGAAGUGACAAAUUCAUGACUCGAUUCCAAAGUCGAGAGGACCCGCUUUCAGGAGCGGAUCAACCCCCGGCUGGGUUUGCAAAUCUUCCUGAGGGUGAGCAGCAGCCCCAGCAACCCGCACCAACUGCUGGUGAAGCCAGAAGUACAGCUGGGGAUCUGAGCAGUCACUUCUAAAUCUGAUUGCCCUGCAGAAAACCCCAGGGAAAUUCUGCUCUGAGAACUCCAAAACCAGGGCAGCGUAAGGGCGGUCCUCCCAGUCACAGAUUUCUCUGAGUGCUUUUAUCAAUCCACGCUCACGGCUGAUCUAAAUGCACUCUCCUUCUCGGACAUCACAUCCUCUCACCCUCCCCGUCCACACUGACCCACACUAGCUUUGAGAGCAGCCAUCACUCGGCACAUCCAACAUUCCCACGUCGCCUGUCUGCUUUUCCUGCGGCCGUGCCCCACGCGGGGCUCGCGGCCGAACCGAAGACGAGAACACCUCCCACCGGACCGCGGCAAGCGGGGCACCGCGGCCGGUAGUCACGACCGGGGACGGGCAUCGGGACGGAGGCUGAGGCGGUGCCGAAGGAGCUGGCGAGGCUCGGCCGUGACUCACGGAAAGUGAAAGUGAAGCAGCGGCCACGUGUUUUCGGGGAAGGGGAGGAGCGGAGAACCGCCACCGCCGCCGCCGCGUUAAAUAGCGGCGGCGAUGCGCGGGCCCAGCGCGCCGGCGGAGCGGCCCCAGGCAGGGCCCCGGCACGGAGCGUGCCCAGGCGUCCGCCGGGCACAGCCGUAGCCGCCGCCGGGGCGCGGCCCGAGCCCAUGCUGCGCGCUCCGGGGACGGCCGUCAGCCGCCGAGCUCCGGGCGAAGAAUAGCUGCUGGAAAGCUGCCCCGCCGUAGCCACUGACGCUAUGGAAGACCGCAUCCGCUGGCCUAGGCUGUAGGAUGGUAGCGCACAGCAAGGUGUCAGCAGACAAUGCAGUUGCAGCAGACCCGCGAUGUCUACUUGACCCUCCGGCACGGGAUCGCUCUCAGGCUCGAGGUUACCGUGGCACAGGCCGGCCUGGCACGGCGCAGGCACCGAGCAGCACGCACUUCCGAACCUUUCGCUCGCAAGCGGAUUUCAGUAGCAUCACUAGAGCAAGCAGCCUGCUGGAUGCCUGCGGCUUCUACUGGGGACCGCUGACCGUCAGUGCCGCCCACGAGAAGCUGAAGUCUGAGCCCGAGGGCACCUUCCUCAUCAGGGACAGCACGCAGAAGAAUUGUUUCUUUGCCAUCAGUGUUAAGACCGCGACUGGGCCCACCAGCAUCCGGAUAAACUUUCAGACGGGGCGUUUCAGCCUGGAUGGCAGCAAGGAGACCUUUGAUUGUCUUUUUAAGCUGCUGGAACAUUACUUAAGCUCCCCUAGGAAGGUACUGGUUACCCCUCUGCGCAAAGUCCGUGUGCAGCCCCUGCAGGAGCUCUGCCGGAAGAGCAUCGUGAAGACUUUUGGAAGAGAGAACUUGAACCAGAUCCCUCUCAAUCCUGUUCUAAAGGACUAUCUGAAAUCUUUCCCGUUUCAGAUCUAAAUACAGCAUUAACUGUAUACAGACAUGUGAGAGAUGUGUGAAGAAAUCCAGCUUCCUGGGUUUUUAAACAUGUUUGACAGUGAGCAAACCUAUUUUUGUAGCAACUUACUGUAUUUUGAAAUGCAACUUGAACACUUGACUUCUUAUGUUUACAAAAACUGUUUGCACAAACCUGGGGUUUUAAAACCCUGGCAUCAUUUUUCUGCCAUGCAGAAUAUUUUAUUAUUUUAUAAUAUUUUUAAUGCUAUUAACAUAAUAAACUUUGUUGUGAAAUUUUUUAGAAAAGAAUAGCAUCUCUG